AUGACUGUCUAUUCCUUGGGGCUUCUGCUGGCCUCUUUGGCCGCCCUCGUUCAAGCGCAACAGCCCAAUCGUCCAAACGACCUCAACAUCACUCAGGCCCAAAGUAAUGCGUACGGUUGUUCUUCUAAGGCCUGCCUAGAGAACCUACAAACAUUCGAGGCAUUGGACCGUCCGAUCUUUGGAGAUGCUCCCUUCAACUAUGACUUCUACGCCACCGCAGAUAACUUUACUAAAUCUAAACCUGGAGACCUGUUGAAGCUUCAGCGGCAGAAUUCCACUCUGUAUGAUAUCACUCCUGGCAGCUCGUUAUGGUUCAUCCAAUAUACAUCUGUCGGUGUUGGUGGACAGCCAGUCCCAUCCACUGGGUUUAUCCUUCUUCCCUAUUUGAGUGAGGCAUCCAACAAAACACCGCUUAUUUCAUAUGCGCAUGGUACUAUCGGAACUGCCGCUGCUUGCGCCGCGUCGUCUUCUUAUAACGGGUACGAUUACGACAGCUGGAAGCUUCUCCCACCCCACGGAUUCGCUGUGGUUGCUACAGACUACGCGGGCUUGGGCAACAACUACACCACACACAAGUACGGAAACCCAGUCAUUAACUCAGAAGACGUAUAUUUCGCUGUUGUUGCCGCCCGCAAAGCUUUCCCAAACGUCUUCACCACUAAAUGGGCUUCUCUCGGUCAUUCUCAAGGCGCUGGAGCCAUAUGGGGUCUCGAGGAGAAUCCCCGUGUUGCUUCUAACCAGAGUGGCGAAUACGUGGGAGGAGUUGCCGUAGCUCCUAGUGCGAGACUGAAUGAUCUCCUGACCGCCGCUCCUCUUUCUGAGGGAUAUGGAUUCGGCCCCCUGAUUGUGAACAUCUUCCAGUCCCUGAAUUUCUCCAUACAGCCACCCGUCUUAACCCCAGAGGCCAUGAAGCGUUACCCGCUAAUGAAUGCGCUUGGGCUCUGCGACAAUUCAUAUGCGGGCCUCAACUUUGACCUCCCGAACCAUGGCAUAUUGAAGCCUACUCCUGAGCAGGAUAAGACGAUUCAUGAAGCUUACACCAAAUUUCAAGACCAGUAUGGCGCCGCGACCGGGAGAAAAGGAUACAAGGAUUUCCUUGUUAUACAGUCCCAUGACGAUGAGAUUGUGAAUUACACUGCUACGAUUAAAGCAUACGAUUUCGCCUGCAAAAAAGGCAACAUCGUUCACCUGAGCGUGUAUCACAACCUCACCCACGACGAGUCAAUGGCCGCUUCGGCGCCUGAGUGGCUCAAAUGGCUCAGUGAUAGAAUUUCAGGUGUGCCACUUGCCAAUGCAACCAAAUGCACCAUACAACAGAAGACGCCCUUAUAUGUCCCUUCGCGUUCUGGGUUUGGGCUCGCGUGA